AGUGGGUUAAAGUGUCUGUGUACUUGUGGAAGGAACAGCUAAUGCUGCUGCAGCAGCAGAGGUCGAGCACAUACAUCAGCCUCGUCCAGCUGACCUCGUCUCACUGCUGUGUGUUUUACAGUGGUGUUAAUAUGAUGCUGGGAGUGUUCAGGUCUGUGCCAGAGAGCUAAGAAUAGCAGCCAAGCAGCCAUCAUGGCUGUGAUGUUCUGCCACUGAGAGUAACGAGGCAGAUGAAAGGUGAAGAUGAUGUUACACUCCUAAAAAUGAGACCGGGACAAGACGUAAACAGCUCUACUGUAUUGGUUGGAAUGUACGCUGGUAUGAAUGUUACGGUUGUGCUGUGAUGGAUCCGUCUCGGAGGGAACACAUGAAAACUAUGCUGUGAUUACUGACAACGUGGGGCCAAAUAUGCACUUAGAUCCUGCAAGUCCUCACUGCAUCACGUUCUUCUCACUUCUCAAAUUUUGGGCGCGUCAGUCGAUCUGUCUUUUACUCAUUUCUUAAAGGCUUCAGGCUGGAUUUCCAUGUUAAUGAUCCCCUGAUGAUGGAUCCUAAUUAGUGCUAAUCAUAUAACCAGGGUUCUGCACAGACUGCUAGUUCAGGAAUGUGGGUUCACUGUUCCGUCCAGGAACUGUCAAAGCAUUGCACUUAUACCCAUCACACACACACAGAGCUGCACUAGAGGUUUCAAGAAGGUGUCUAGAGCUCUAGGAUUUUACAUUGGUACACUGUCCUUGUGAUUCUAGGAAAGCUGUAAAGUUGCACAUGUGCAGGAUCGACCACAGGUCUUUGUGGGGCGUUGGCACAAGGUGCAGGGUCUUCAGGGGUGUUUCCCUUGAAGACCCUGUCCCUUGCGUUGGCAGGAAGCACAGAGCAUUAAUCAUGACUUAACUCCCCCAGUCAGUCUCUGUGAUGUUCCCUGUGUUGGCACAUGCUUCCCCCCAGAGCUGUGAAGUCCUGUCCGUGUUCUGUGUGCGUGUGCCAGAGAACUUUGGCUGCGGGUUCUUCAGUAAUAAAAAUACUAAAUAUACCUUAUGGUAUCAGUUUCACACAAAGUGCCGGUUUGUGAAGUGCCUGUAGGAAUGAGCGUAAAGAGGAAUAUAAAAAUGAUGGUUAUUAUUAUGGAAAUUAUCCACACGUGUUUUCUCAUCUCAACAUAGUAAAAAGAUUUGCAAACACUUGUUUUUAUGUUCAGCUUUACUAACUGAAUCGCGUCCUGUGAUCUGCUGCUCCCCUGGCGUUCUAAAUGGGGAACCGGCAGGACGCAGGGACGCAUCAUCCGCGUGGGUCUGUGUUCUCGGCCUCCUCCAGCUCUCGCUGCUACCGUGUGUUUUUUACAGAGGUGUUAAUAAAGUGCUGAGAGCAUUCAGGCCCGUGCCAGGGAGCUAAGAAUAGCGGCCAAAGCCGCACCAUGGCUGCAAUGUUCCGUUACUAUGGGUCAUAGAGAGCGAUGACAGACGAUCAGAUGUUACAUGUGCUAAAAUGGAACGAGAACAGAACGAACAGCUGGAGCCUUGUACUGUAUCUUAUUUAGAUGUUGUUGUUCUAUAGAUUCUGUUUAUUUUUCAUCCUUGGAUGCUGCAGGUCAUUCGUCUUCACAUACUUACAGGGAACACAUGAAAACUAUUACUACGAUUGACACGCUGGAGCCAAAAUGCCACUUAAAUCCAGCGUCUGUCAGUCGCUCCAACCUCACACAUGAUCCCCAGAUGAAGGAUCCCAGUGAGCGGUGAACACUGGACCAGCGCUCAGCCGUGCAGACAUUGUUGGGGUUAGAAGAUGUGGACAGUCUGCUUCUCUUAAGGCACGUGGAGUUAAGUGCUCAUUGAACCUUUGAUAUGUGUCCAGGAGCAACCGCCAGUCAAACCACUGAAGCUCUGCUUAGACCACUGUUUAGCACCAAAGGGAACCCACAGCCUUAGACGCUGAGGAAGUAAAUGUAGUAGUAGGUAGGUAGUGAAAAAGGAAAGUUUUUAGGUCUUUUCUCUGAUGACCCAGAUGUUCAUUGAGUAAAGGUAUUGGAACAGUCUGCUUUCUUCCUCCUUCCUCUUUCUUCCUCCAUUUUACUCUUCUGUAUCAAAGAUGUGAUAAAAAGACGACAAAACAAUAACAACAAUACUGCAAGAUGUUAAAUGUACAUCUAAGAUGUAUACUUCAUUUCAUUUUUUUAAAUUUUAUUUUAAUUAUUCUUAUUAAUAUUAUUAUUUUUUAUUUUCUUCUAUUUAUUAUGUGUUGUUUUGCUUCAUUGACAUAUUUGUGACACUCUAUGUCUAUAACCCCCCAUGUUUGGUUUUAUUAUUCAAUAAAGGUCUGCUGCCUCUGGGCCACAGGCAAUAAAGACACUAAAUAUAAUAAUAAUAAUUCACAUUAUGUGGUUCACACAAACAAAAGGCAGGAUUGCAACGAAUCAGCUGAUGUCAUGAGCUGAUGUUUUUUAAUGGUCUGUCGUUCUCCCACUCCUGGUGCUUUUAACCAGGAGCCGAGGGGUCGUGUCCCGGGCUGUGAUGCGUUUGAGCCCUGCAGCGGUGAGUAGGUGAGAGCGUGUGCCAGGGGAGCUCCUCCACCCAGUACAGCACAUGAGCCGUCACCCAGAGCCUGGCAGGAGGCGACAGCCUUAUGUAAUGGUGCCACUGUGGGUUUCAUUGUACAGGUCUGGAGAGUGAUACUGGUAAAUAUGCUGGUAAAUGUACCGGUAAAUACUGUAAUACUGCUAAAUGGUUGUUUAGAUUUAGAUUUUUGACAUUUAUCUUUGUUGCUUUUCAACUAAUUGAAUUCAUUUACUUUGCAUACUGGAGCCCCCUUUAGCAGAUAACAGCUCUGUCACACUGUGGACCCGCGCUGCCGUGAGUAGUAUUUCCAUGACGGUGCCUUCAGUGUCUCUCCGCUGUGGAGAAUGAGAGGCGUGACGAGCACAUGGUGCGUAUGGGUGGAGAGACGGCUUAGUAAGGACAUGUCAACACUGUGUCAGCUGGAGGAGGCCGACUCGCAGGCGGCACGUCGCGUAGAAGCACAGCACAUAGAUGCUGUCUGCUCCAGUCAGUCUAUGCCAGCGGUUCAUGGGAACAGCUAGAUUUGAAUUUGAACUGAUUUACUUGAGUUGAGAUAAUAAAGAUUCUGUCUGCACAUAUUGAUUUUUGAUAAUUGAUCUUUUGAUCUUUUUAAUCACCGACAGGAACUGUACUGAUGUUACUCUGAACCGUCUUCACACACGUAGACAGCAAAUCUACUCUUUACAGUACAGUUUCCUAAAGGUUCUGGUAAUUCCGGGUCGCCCUGUUGAAGUGCUAGUCCUGCUGGGUUCGGCCCAGUGCCUGUUUGGCCUCACACGUCCCAACCACGUCCUUGCGUUUGUUCCUGUCGUGCAGCUUCUAGGUGCUGCGGCUCUGUGGCUGCCUCCGGGCCGCCGUGGCUCGAUCUCGGCCCCGCUCCUUAACGGGUCAUGGAGCGCGUGACGUCGGGAGCCGGCGCUCCCUCGUGGCCCACGUCACUCCGGGCUCCCAGUAUGAAAAGCGUGUGAUGGUUUUUCCGACUGGGGCAGAGUUUGGACGCUUCCAGAGGAGCUGGGACUAUAUAAGUCAGCAGGAGUUUGGCUCCUUAACACAGACAGCGGAUACUGAGGACUGCUGCAACUCUUGAUCAAAUGGAGGGUGCAGCCCGCGUCCGGGACGCCCGUGGCCACGCGGCAGCGCUGCUGACCCGUCUGAACCUCCAGAGGCAACAAGCCCGGUUCUGCGACUGCGUGGUGAGACAGAAGCAGAGCCCGGCUCAGCUCUACCCCGCGCACAGGUGUGUCCUGGCGGCCUCCAGUCCGGUGUUGGGUUCCGUCCUGUCGUCCGCCGGGGUCCUGGUGGAGCUGCAGGCUCCGUGUCUGUCCGGCGCCGUGCUGGCGCUGCUGCUGGACUACGUGUACACGGGGGCCUUGCCCCGCACCGGCACCCAGGAGCAGUACCACAGCCUGCUGGCCGCCGCCCGCCACCUGCAGAUGGACGCACUGCAGCAAGACCUGUGUGAGUGGGAGCGGAGCCGAGCCCGCGCAGCGCACGGGGGGAGCGAGUCACCUGGAAACGGGGGAUCCAGCAGGGAUCUGUGCGUUCAAGCAGCAGAAGCAGAGGCAAAACAGAACACAGAAGAAGAAGAAGAAGCACGUACGGGUAGUUCGUCCCACAGAGCGGCUUCUCGUCUGUCACCUCAGAAUCACACGCCGAAUAUUUCCAGCACCACUGAAGGGUACAGCGCGUCUCGAGUGCACGCAGACGCGCGGGGGGAUCGCUUUCACCCAGCUGGCACCGCGAGAGCCGGGACCUGGCAGAACAACACACAUGAGGAAAUGGGCACGGGGGGUCCCCCCGCCUCCCCCGCCUCCCCCCCACGGCCGCGCCGCGGGGCCGUGCCGGUCAUCUGUCACAGCGGCGGGGCGUCUGCGCUCCGGGCCUCGGCGGCGGCUGCUCACGGAGCCGCUGGUCAGGUCCACUCAGGGCACGAGUUAGAGGACCUGGGCUACAGAAGCAGCGCAGACCAAACCGGCGCGGAGGACAAUCCCCCCCCGACGCAGAAGCUGUGCGACCAGUGCGUUGGAGAUCAGUCCGACCCCAGCAGCCGUGCGGGUCAUUCUGUGGAAGUGGAUGAGGAACCUGAUGACGGGUCCGAGCGGCGUCGCGUGUCGGCCUCUGCUGCCACGGACCAGCGCUCCGACCACGCUCCGCCUCCCGUGGACUCGAAAGGAGAAGCGAGAGAGGAAGUUCUCCCUGCUCAGCGUUCACCCGCCUCCCACCGUGACCUCUACGAACCCCACGCAGCUCUGCACGCGAGGCUGCGAAGAGCUGCUGCCUCCGAGCAGCGCCAACGUGACCCACACGAGCCGGACGCGGCGGCACUGGACAGACCUGGCGCCCCGCGGGCCGGGCCUCCUGCUCCCGACCCGCGGGCCCGUUUGGAGACGGGCGGCUUUGACUGGAGCACGUCUCCGGACCGUGACAAGACGUCGGACGCUGAAGCCUCGGAGCCGCUCUUCGGGUUCGCCUUCCCCGAGGACGGCGCCGCGGGGCAGUCCUACCGUGGACACGUGCACUAUCACUGCAUCCCCCAGGACGAGCCACCGCACCCCCACAGGAGCCCAGCGCAGGGUCCACGGAGGCGGAACUUCACCGCCGGGACUCCAGAGCAGUUCCUGCUGCUGGAUAUUAGCACCAAACCUGCGGAGCUGCUGGUGUCGUACAAAGACAGAGCUGAUCCGGACCAGCGGGGAGCAGAAGGAGACAGAGACGGGACUUCUGGGGUCGAGAUCGAUGGAACGUCGGGGGCAUCAGUGCUUGAAGCUGGAACGCACCUGGACGCCGAGUGUUCCCACUCGGCACCGCGUAAAUCUAACCUCAGAGCGGCGCUUGUCAGAGAGGCUUCCGAGGACGGGAGCCGGGCCGGCGCACGGGGGCCGCCGGUGUCGGCCCGUCACCACGCGUUCCGCUGCUCCCUGUGUGAGCGCGCCUUCAGCCAGCGCGGCUCCCUGAACAGACACGUGCGCAGCCACCUGGGCGUGCGGCCCUUCCCCUGUCCCCGCUGCCCCAUGACCUUCUCACGCCAGUACCGCGUCACGGAGCACAUGCGUGUGCACCAGCGCUGCUCCCUGGGGGCCGACUUCCCCCACCCCCCCGCCUCCCCCAUUGGACUCUAAUCCCCCACCGCGCCGUUAUUUAAGCAGUUUAUCGGCAGCUUAUUAUUAUGUGCAAAAAAUGAGGGCAUUUCAUUUCUGAUUCACGUCAGGCUGCGAAGGAAUAUUUAACAUAAUAAUAUUAUACAGCUAACAAUGAACAUUAAGAUUAUGAAUCUUUAUGAGGAUUUUUAAUCGUUUAAUCUUUUUAAUCGUGAGUGACUGUUUCUUUAUAUUUCAGUGAGAAGAUGGUCUGAUGUGUGUUAAUAAAGUGUUUACUAACCGGUCAUCGCAGUGCUGUGUUUACACAGAAAGGUCCGUUACUGCAGGUUAACGUGGCUCCAUCAGACGCCACAGUUUGAUCAGGGCUGGAACAGCAGCUACAGUAUGUCUGUGUAUACUGUCAUCUUUCUUCUGUCGAGGAAGUUCAUGAUCACGACUUUGAAUAAAUGAAUGAAUUGCAAA